UGAGAGACAGAGACAAUAAAGGGGUUGUUGCUGAUUAUCAAAACUAGUGGGCGUCCCGAUCCAUUUUUUCGUGGGCAACAAAACAACACCUUCAAAUUUUUUCCCUCACUUUCUUUCCGUACAAAUAUAUUUUCUCAUCACUCAAAGGUAUGGUUCCUAUGUUGGGGCUUUGAGGAGCAAUCUUGGGGUGGAACUUCCAAGUUGGUCUCUUUGGUAAUCAGGAUCUUGGUUUUGGCAUACUCAUGGAGACUCAAAAUCAAUCAGAUCCUGCAGGAUUAAAAAGGAUGCUUCCUCCACCGCCUGGAAGUUUCCAAGACCGUGAAGACCUUAUUAAACAUGUUCGUGAUUUCGGAGCUAAUCAAGGAUAUGUUGUCACCAUCAAGAAGUCCAGAAAGGAUAGAAGAGUCAUCCUUGGCUGUGACAGAGGAGGUGUCUAUCGUAAUAGACGAAAAAUUGAUGAAAGUAAGCGCAAAAGGAAAGCAACUUCACGCCUUAUAAACUGUCCUUUUGAAGCCAUAGGUAAAAAGGAAGAUGAUGCAUGGGUACUUACUGUAAAAAAUGGAGAUCACAAUCAUGAACCGUUGAAAGACAUGUCAGAACAUCCUUAUAGUCGACGUUUCACUGAGGAAGAAGUUAGACAAAUCAAACAAAUGACUGAAGCUGGUAUAAAACCUCGUCAAGUGCUUAAAGCUCUCAAGCAUAGUAAUCCUGAAUUGCAGUCAACACCAAGGCAUUUGUACAACCUCAAAGCAAAGAUUCGUCAGGGAAAUCUAUCAGAGAAAACAUUUAAGUCAUGGAGACCAAAUAGAUCUAUCCAUGUUGAGAUAAACAGUAAUUCAUCUGAUGGUUCAUUAAACCGAAACUAUCAGCUGCUGAAGGUCUCAAAUUUUAUUGGGGGGAAAUUUGUAGAUUCUCAGGGUUCUGUAAUCAUUGAUGUUAUAAAUCCCGCAACGCAAGAAGUUGUAUCUCAAGUUCAUUUAACUAUAUAUGAAGAGUUUAAAGCUGCAGUUAGUGCAGCCAAGCAAGCUUUUCCUUCAUGGAAAAAUACUCCUAUCACCACUCGUCAACGCAUUAUGUUUAAACUUCAGGAGCUUAUCCGCAGAGAUAUUGAUAAGCUUGCCAUGAACAUCACCAUAGAACAGGGCAAGACAUUAAAAGGUGCAAAAAGAGAUGUGCUUUAUGGUUUAGAAGUGGUGGAGCAUGUUUGUGGGAUGGCAAACCUGCAAAUGGGGGAAUUUGUCCCCAAUGCCUACAAUGGGAUUGAUACGUACUGCAUUAGAGAGCCCCUUGGAGUUUGUGCUGGAAUAUGUGCCUUUAACUUUCCAGCAACGAUACCAUUGUGGAUGUUCCCUAUUGCAAUUACAUGUGGCAACACUUAUAUUCUUAAGCCAUGUGAGAAAAAUCCAGGGGUUUCAACGAUACUUGCAGCACUAGCAAAAGAAGCUGGUUUGCCAGAUGGUGUAUUAAAUAUUGUUCAUGGUACCCAUGAUAUUGUUAAUUACAUAUGCAAUGAUGAAGAUAUAAAAGCUGUAUCGUUUGUUGGUCCAAUUACAGCUGGAAUAUAUGCCACAGCUUCUGCUAGAGGGAAACGAGUUCAGUCAAAUGCAGGUGGCACAAAUCAUGUACUUGUAAUGCCCGAUGCUGGCUUGGAUGCGACUUUAGAUGCCCUUGUUCCUGCUGGCUUUGGUGCUGCAGGAGAGAGGUGCAUGACUUCAAGCAUAGCUAUUUUUGUUGGAGGUUCAAUGCAAUGGGAGGAAAAACUAGUGCAGCGUGCCAAACUACUUAGAGUAAAUGCAGGAACAAAUCCUAGUGCAGACAUUGGUCCAGUUAUUAGCAAAGAGGCAAAGGAGAGGAUAUGUAGACUAGUUCAGAGCAGUGUUGAAAAUGGGGCUAGACUUCUACUUGAUGGAAGAGAUAUUGUGGUACCGGGAUAUGAAAAUGGGAACUUUGUUGGUCCUACUAUCUUAUGUGAUGUUACAACCUGCAUGGAAUGUUACAAGGAAGAAAGUUUUGGACCAGUUCUGCUUUGCAUGCAGGCCGACAACAUAGAUGGGGCUAUGUCAAUAAUAAAUAAAAACAGAUAUAGAAAUGGAGCUUCUAUAUUCACCACAUCUGGUAUAGCUGCUAGGAGGUUCCAGAAUGAAGUUGAGGCAGGACUGGUUGGGAUCAAUGUGCCAGUACCUGUUCCAUUACCGUUUUCCUCCAAUGGGUCAAAAUCAUCAUUUGCUGGUGAUAGUUUUUCUGGAAAAGCUGGAGUACAGUUUUAUACCCAAAUCAAAACAGUGGUUCACCAAUGGAAGGAUUUCCCUAGACAAGCACUAUUCCCUGCUACAUGUCCAUCUGAGAGAGAUUCACCUAGGCAAUUGUCACAAGCCAUGCCUGUAGAAUCUGAAAGUGAUUCACCAACCUAUGAAGUACAAGUGGCCAUCACUGAUGUGGAUAUACCGAACACAACCAUGUCAUCUGCAUCUACAUCAACUGAUAAGGAUCACAGAAGCCAGGAUGUUUCCCUAUUGCUGCCUUCAGCAUCUGAGAGGGAUAUGUCAGAUCGGGAUAUUUCACUGGUAUUAUCACCUGCAUUGCAAAGCAAUUUACCUAGCCAAGGAGUAUCUGUUGCCACAUCACAGUCAUCAGAGAGGAUGUAUGUCUCUGAAACAUCUCAGUGGAAUGAAAAUUCGCCAGCAACAUCAAAAAGAAGUGAAAUUAUUCUACCAACUUCAGAGAGGAGUCUUGUGUCUGCAUCUCAGAUGAAUGGAAACUUAUUUAUCCCCCAUACGACUGAUACUGCUACAGCUUUGAAACCAGAGGGGAUAUACAUGUGUACGUCACAUAAAACUGAUAGCAUUGCUCAAGCAUCACAAGAGAGUAGUGAUAACAUCACUCCAGGGUCUCAUAGAAUGGAUACUACUGUGCAUUCAAACUCUGACAAGGCAUACAUACUGGCAGCAUCUCAUUUGAAUAAAAGUGUUGGUCAAACAUUUGAAAGAACAGACCCUAUGUUUCCAACUUCUGAGAGAAUAUACAUGCCUUCAACGUCAUCGCACAUGAAUGACCAAAUUGGCUCAACAUCUCAAAGGACUGAUAUUCCAACUACAGAGAGAAUUUAUAUCCCUGCAGCAUCUCAUAUAAAUAAAAGCAUUAGUCCAGCUUGUCAGCUUGAUGAUGAUACUUUGGCUCCUACUUCUGAGAGGGUCUUUAUGCCUCCUAUAGUACCAGAAUAUACCACCAACUUCAGAGAGGUUAUAUAUUCCUAAAAAUUCUCGAAGGAUGUAUAAUCAAAACCCAAUAAUUUCAUUGGAUGAAUUUCCCAGCCAAGCUUUGUCAUCGUCUCAAAGGAUAUAGGAUAUUGUACCAUGUUAUACUAUUUGUUUUUAAAAGCUUUGACAUAGUAAUUUCAUCACAAAUCUUUUUAGCCCUCAUCUUGUUGGACACCAAAGCUGGUGGACGUUUCUAGGGUAACUAGGAAAACAUGAAGUGUGAAAUGGGGAUACUAUUAGAGAGAGCCUUGAGGUAACAAAACAAUAUUGUUCUUAUUCAGUAAUGUGUUGAUUAAACACACUAUUGAUCUAAUUAUGCUUCUUUGAAUGAUGCAAAAUGGGAUUUAUUUUUUCUUC